CCGUCGCUUCUGGAAGGUUUCGCCGUACUUUCUAGCCAGUUCAAUUCCUUGCUUCAAAUUUUAAGGUUGGAUCGUACCCCUCCGAUGAGAAACCUCGUUUUCCUCCCUGUGCAGCUUUCGAUUGAUGCUGACUCUGAACUUCAGGCUUUAACUGAGGGAAGACUCUGCUUCUGGAGUCAUGCGGUAGCUCCUGACUACUUGAGGACCAAACCUGAGCCUCAGGUGGAGAUACGCGACCAACAGAUAUAUGCCCAGCUCCAGCAGCGUCUUAGCAAUCCGGAGACUGUGCAGAAGCAGAUCAAUUUCUUCAAUCGCUGUUUGACUAACAUUUUGGAAAAUCUCCAAAACUCGGCAAAAGAUGAUGUCGAAACCGAAGGUGAUUAUGUUCGCAAGCUGUGA